AUGAACUCCAAACACAACCACGACACGAAUGUAAACCUUUUUCGACAUUAUCCAAAGAACAGAAGACUAGAUAAAGUUAGAAGAGAAAAAGUCGCAAAACUAUUGGACCUUGGUGCAAAUAGAGCUAAAGUUAGAAAUAUGAUGGAAAACCAAACCAAUAAAGUAAUUCUGUUGAAAGAUUUGGAUAAUUGUAAAACAAAAAAAGGAGCAGAAAAUUUGUUGAUCCCUACUCUUGAGAAGCUAGAAGAAAAAUUUAAUGCACAAUGGUUCCUAUACGAACAACAGGGCAUAUUUGCUGGAUUAUUUUUCGUAACAGAAUCCAUGAAAACUUCAAUGGAUUCUUAUCCUGAAUUCCUUGGAAUUGAUGCUACAUUUAAAUUAUUAAAUAUCCGUGCUCCAGUUUAUUUGAUGAUAGUUGAAGAUUCCAAUGGAUGUUCAGAAGUUGUUGGAGUUUGCAUUCUAGUUUCUGAGGAUAGAGAAUCGAUCAACUGGAUGAUGGACUCGUUUAAGAAAGCUCAUCCGAAAUGGAGCGAAAUAAUGUGCGUCAUGACAGACAAAGAUAUCAAUGAACGUGAUGCUGUCAAAGAAGCAUUACCGUCUGCAAACCUCAUAAUUUGCGCAUUCCAUACUUUAAGAAUUUUUAAGCGCGAAAUCACCACAGAGAAGAGAAAUAUCACUCAAGAGCAAGUUAUCGAAGCGAAGUCUAUUAUUCAAAAAAUGGUUUAUGCUGCCACCGUAGAAGAGUACGAUCUUCUAUAUGAUGAAUUUAUAGAAAUGCCUGAGACUGUAGUUGACUAUUUUAAUGAAAAUUGGCAUCCGAUUAGAGAUCAAUGGUCUUUGAACAACAGUUUCAUGCAUGGAAAUUUUUUAAAUACAACCAACAACCGAUUAGAAUCUCUAAAUAGUAAAAUUAAACAAGCAUGCGAUCGCUACAAUUCAUUGGAAGAUUUCAUUGAAAAAUUAAUAACUUUUUUCUCCAUAUUAAACACUGAACGAGACCACAAAGCAGCUUAUUUGUAUCAAAAAGUACAAAUUACCAAUUUUGAAGAAAAUUCCCCCCUCAACCAAUACUUAGAAUUACUAACAUCACAUUCAUUUCGUUUUGUGAAUGAAGAAUAUAAUAAAAAAAAUUUGUAA